ACCGGCCCCUUCACUCCGCUCUGUUGUAAACUUCAUUUUGCUAUGAUGGCCACUCGCCCCGGCGCAGCCUCCGCCUCCCCGCAGGCGACGCCCCCGGCCUCCCCCAAGGCGCCCGCCGAGCAGCAGCCCGUGCAUGACACCGAGGUCAUGUGCCGCUACCCGAGCAAGAAGUGCUGGAACGCGCGCGCGCUCAAGCGCAACGGCGAGCGCCACAACCUGUGCGACUUCCACCGCCAGAAGGCCAACAAGAACCAGCGCCGCCUCGAGCUCAAGCGCAAGGCGCGCGCGCAGGCCAGCGCGGAUGCCGAGUCCGGCGGCAAGCGCCUCCGCGCGCACAAGAAGCCGCGCCAGCGCGCCCGUCGCGCCCCGCUCAGCGCCCACCUGGCCAUGAAGGAGGAGGCGCGCGCCAAGCAGCAGGCGGAGGCCGCGGCUGCAGCUGCCGCCGCUGCUGCGUCUGCGGCGUUUUCCGGACUCGGCAGCUGGCAGGACCUGGUGCUGCUGGACGGCGUCUACGACCGUGAAGGAUUCCCACAGGUGAAGCAGGAGGUGCUGAUGACUACGGAGCUCCAGCGUCUGCCCGACGAGGAGGUGCUGGACCGCAUCCUGCAGGACGGACAGGCAGACGUCGGCGCGCUCUGCAAGAGCUUGGACACGACCGCGGGUCUCGAAGCGCUCGCCGCGCUGCCCGAGGGCAAGACCUCCCCCGUGGACGUCGGUGAGAGCUGGGACAACCUGGACUUCAGUGACUACUGGGUGUCGUCGAUGCCAGCCGAUCAGCCGGCCGCGAGCUUCGACGCUGCGGCCUUCGUGGUGGAUGAAGACGUGUUCGUCGCGGACGUGUGAGCACCAGAUGAUGCACGCCCAACGUUCUCCUAUUUAUUUUGCUGUACAGGUUAGUGAGGAAGUCAUAGACGCCUGCCGAAAUACAUGCGUUUGCCUCUGUCU